UCAGCUGCUGAGGGGAGGAAGAGGAGGGACUCAAACAUGCAGGAGUUUCUGCUGUGAAAGAGGAAGGAGGAAGAGGAGUGAAGAAACCUUAGGACCUUCUUAUCAGCAGCAGAAAGCGUGAAGAUUAGAAGCAGCUGCAGUGCCGCUCUGGUUUCAGCUCCACCCACAGGAAGCUGUCCAGCUCAGAGUUUCCACAGAAGGACGGACUCCCUCCUACAAGCCCAUAUCACAGACAGCGCCGCUCAGAACCAUGAGGACGUCAUGUCUGCUGCUGCUCUCCUUCCUCCUGGACGUCAGAGUCGCAUACGGAGCUGCAGACUUCAGAAUCUGCGCCUUCAACCUUCAACACUUUGGAGAAUCAAAGUCCAAGAAGUCUGACGUCAUGCAAACUCUCGUGAGGAUCAUCACUCGCUGUGACGUCUGCCUCCUGCAGGAGGUCCGGGACAGCAAAGGGGGGGCUUUACCGGAGCUUCUGGAGCAGAUCAGGAGGUUUGACCCCAAACACACGUACAAGUCUGUGUCCAGCGAGAGGCUGGGCCGCUCAGACUCGUACCAGGAGCAGUAUGUGUUCAUCUACAGAAGCAGCACGACCACCGUCACGGACGAGUAUCAGUACCCAGAUGACCUUCCAGGAGACGAAGACGCGUUCUCCAGAGAGCCCUUUGUUGUGCGCUUCAAAGCUCCACAGACAGCUGUGAAGGAGUUCGUCCUCAUUCCUCAGCACACCACUCCGACCAACACCACCAAGGAGCUGGACGCUCUGUACGACGUGCUGCAGCAAGUCAGGAAGAUGUGGAAGACUGACAAUGUGAUGCUCCUGGGAGACUUCAACGCCGACUGCAGUUACCUCCCCAAGAAGAACAGGAAGAACGUGCGCCUGAUCACCGACACCAGCCUCUCAUGGCUCAUUCCUGACACCGCCGACACCACCGUGCGCUCCACCACCUCCUGCGCCUACGACAGGAUUGUUGUUCACGGAGAAACGUUUGACAGAGCGAUUGUGCCGUCUUCUGCCAAAGCGUUCAACUUCCAGGAGGAAUAUGGACUAACAGAGAAGCAGGCUCUGAACGUGAGCGAUCAUUACCCCGUGGAAGUUCUGCUGAGGGUCGUUCAAUCAAGGUCCUACAGCGGAGCCGGUUCCUUCCUCGUCGACUGCUUCCUCCCGCUCCUUCUCCUCCAUUUGAUCCUUCAGCUCUUAACCUCAUAGCUGAACAACAGACAUGAGUUUGAGGAAAAUCUGAUCAAAGCCUCUGGAUCCAAGCAUGAUGAAGAUCAUGAAGCAUCUUCACUGAACGUGAAGGUUUGGAGAGAAGAGCUUGAGAUGCUCAACGGACGACAGAAAGAAUAUUGGCUCUGUAUAAAAGUUGUGCAGUGUAAAGAUCCACAAGGUCAUGCAGUUUUAAAAGUCUAGAUUGAUCAAAUAAAUUGUUUAUAUGAUCAAGAUAUCCGUCUUUAGGUACAAUUCUGACGGCUCGUUUUUGAAGUAAAAAGAGAGGAUGUAGUGAGCUUUGAUAACUAUUCACAAUAAUAUAAUUUUAAUGCCAUAAAUGUCUCUGCUUUGCCUUUAAAAAGAAAUUAUUGUAAAAUUUUGCUUCAUAAAUGAACUGAAACAUCUGACAUUUUUAUCAAACGACGAGCUGAACCUUUAGCGUGCUUACUGUGCUAAAGCUCACUGUUACAAGUUCAGAAAUCUAUUUUCAUUUUCAGUUCAAAGUCCUGAAAUUUGCCUCCUGACAGGAACUUUAGCCCGGCUCAAACGCAGCUCCAGCUCUGCCGUCUGCGUCUUACAGUUUCACUCACUCCAAGUUACAAAUCCUCCCCUGACAGGAUCUCAGCAUUAAACAUGAGUGUGUUUCUCUAAUGACUGGAAUCACUUAUAAUACAGCGAAAAUCAAUGAGACUGAAAUUAUCAUGGAUUUUUCUUCAUAAUAAUUAUACAUUCAAAUGAAUGUGAUAAUCGGAGAUAAUCUCCAAGAGAAACUGAUUUUCUGUAACAACUCCUUUCUGAGAGUUGGUGAUUUGAUGACAGUUUUGUUUCAACUCGCAUAAACAGCUUUUUUCUGUGUCUCGGGUGUAACUGUUACUCACAUGUCUAUGGAUCCUGCUCCAAGUGGAGCAGUUUCAAUGUCUUGUUCAUGAGUGAAGGAAGGAUGGAGCGUUAGACUGUGUUGUAGUUGAGAAGGAGCCGAGUCAAAGGGCAAAUCUUUUAAUUCCCUGGUCAGAGUGUUCAUAUCCUCCUCAUCUGUGGUCAGGAGCGUCAAUAAAAACAAAAAAGUGAAGACAACUUAAUUUUAGAGCAACUGUUGCAUUUCCAUGUCUAAUAGAGGAGCACAGAGAAAGCUGAUCGUUGAUGGAUCAACAUUUGUAACAAAAAGACGGACUCACUUCAGUGUCUGUGCAGAAAUGUGCAGCAUGUUGAACAGCAUCUGGACAAAAUGAAGACAUUCCACGCAGUGGUUUAGUGCUGAGGUUAAGGUUAACCCAAACCACACACAGGAGAACAGAAACCAAAGUGUUACCAGUGCUCAAGAGUUGGAACUCGUGCAGUUCAAACCACUUGGUGGAGCUGCAGGAUGAUAUUUGUACCAAAGUUAUUUUGAAUAAUGUAUCAUUUAUCCCAUAACAUGCUAAGAAUGUUAUGUUGUUUCGUUUUCCUGCCUUAUUUUACUUGCUGUGUGGAAGUGUGGAGAAAAACUUUUAUAAUCUAUUUAAUGCUGCAGAAAAACAUUUCUUUGAAAAAUACGUGAUGUUGGAUAUAGAGGAAAUAUAAAUGCAUUUUUGAAUUUUC